AGCUGUCCGCCACAAUCAUACGCUCUUCCUUCUGCCACUACGCGGUCGCCCGACGAGAAGGAAUCGGCCGGAAAAAAUGGCGGUCAAACUCACCGAGAUAGAGGACAGACUAUGUACUCUGCUAGACGAAUGCACAACCCACAUCAAGGAGGUAGAAGGACUGCAGACCUCGUGUCGAAUCGCCGGGGGAUGGGUCCGAGACAAGGUUGCUUUGGUAGCACUUCAUGCUUUCUAUAGCUGACAACGAUUUUGUCACGACAUAGCUGCUGGGUCUAGACAGCAACGACAUCGACGUUGCUCUCAGCGAUAUGAUGGGUGUCACAUUUGCCACUCAUUUCGUCAACUAUUGUACGAACGUGAAGAACGUGGAGGCGAAGGAAGUGACAAAGAUUGAGAGCAAUCCGGAGCAAUCGAAGCAUCUCGAGACGGCUAGGACGACUGUGCUUGGUCAAGAGCUGGACUUCGUGAAUCUUCGAAGCGAAGAGUAUACGGAGGACAGCCGGAUACCAACCAGCGUAAUAUUUGGGACGCCCUUACAGGAUGCAUUGCGAAGGGACAUCACCAUCAAUGCGCUAUUUUAUAACGUGCACACAAGGGCUGUCGAAGAUCAUACUGGCAAGGGUAUCAAAGACCUCCAACGCGGCAUGAUUAGGACGCCUUUGGACGCCUUGGAGACAUUCAGAGACGACCCUCUAAGGGUCCUCCGUGCUAUACGGUUCGCUGCUCGAUAUUGCUUCGAGAUUGAUCGAUUUCUACAAGAUGCUGCCCGUAAGCCUGAGAUUCGGGAAGCAUUAGCAUCCAAGAUCAGCAAGGAACGGAUAGGCAUAGAAGUGGACAAGAUGCUCCGAUCGCGUGACCCAGUCCGAGCACUGUCGUUGAUCUACGAUUUCAAGCUCUACUCGACCGUCUUUCAGCUUCCAGAAUCUGUGGCCACAACGCUCUCUGACUCCCCAACGCCUCCGAUCAUGGGCCUCGGUGCCGCCACAAUCCUCAUGGUCUUGUUACUACCCAGUCGAACAGGAACCUUGAUCCCUGUGCAUAAAACCCUUACAGACCUAGGGAAGAUUACAUACGUACGCGCUCGGCUAUACCUCGCUUGUGCGCUCACUCCGUAUCGAGGCAUUACCUACACCAAUGCCAAGGGUAAGCGACAACCUGCGUGUGAUCUCAUCAUUCGAGAGAGCUUGAGGUUGGGCUCUCAGAACCAUUACCUGGAUGGUGUCCCAGCACUCUACAAUGCUUGGUCAGUCGUCAGUCCCGCGGUCGCCGACCUAGCACAAGGGGAAUCUCCGGACGACAAGUUGAAGAUAGGGAUGUUCUUGCGCCAACAGGUCGUCCACCGUCCAGCUGUAAUAUAUUGGCAUACAUCACUGCUGUUCUCCCUCGUGCAAGAUCUCAUGGCUUACUGGGAUCCCCAGACAAAACUCCUUGACGAGACAGCGGCUUCGGAACGGAUAGCUCUUUACAAUGCAUUGGUCACGAAGAUCGAGAACCACGGACUGCCCGCCGUGGUCGACGACAAGCCCCUGCUCAAGGGCGGGGAGAUCGCCGCGGCGCUCAACACGCAGACGGGUCCAUGGAUGCGCGAUGCACUGACCCGUGUGGUGGAAUGGCAAUUGAUACACCCGGAGGGCACCAAGGCGGAGUGCGUUGAAUGGGUGAAAGCGGAGCAUGCGGCAGGCAACAUCGACAUAUCCCCACUCGCCCAGCCCAAGCGACCCACGCAGCCAGAUGAGGAGCAAGGUGCCGUCAAGAAGCCGAAGCUCACAUAGGACUCACGCUCUGCGACCUUAAGGUUCGCACUCACUGGUGCAUGUAUGGUGUAUCGAUAGUACUGAUAUAAUGUGAAGCACAGGCUGCGGCCGAUGCUGGUAGAUACAGAGGAGUGGUGCUAUGUAACACUAGAUGAUACAAACGAGAAGUAAGAUAACGGUAGAGCGAAGCGAGAUGCGAACAGCGAACAGCGAGGUGAGACAGCGAAUGGGUCAGAAGCCGGGAGUGUCACGGCGAAAGCAGAUGGUGUAUCAGAGGUUCGUCUAUGCGGGAGUAACAGUGGGAAGAUAGCGGCUAGUGAGCAGAUACAAGCCAUUCGCUGAAGUCGAAUUCGUCUUCAGCCUUCACAUCAUCGGCUUGUGAGCAUGAGCCGAUGUUCAGCAUCGAAGG